GACACGCUGCACAUGAGCUGACCCGACUACUGCUACCUGUAGUUCCCUGGACCCCGUGUGACUACGCCUGCUACUACAGCCAUGCCAUCCUGUGCAGUUUAGAGAGAAACCCUUCUGCUUGUUGCUGUUUUUGACCAGGUUACAGAUUUCUUCAAUGGCUGAGGAGGUUUUAAUUCCAACGUCCAGGAGAAUCACAUCGGUAAGUUCAGACAAGCUGCAUGAGCGAUGUUAGAUCCAGAGCCAGGACCCUCAGAGGACUGAUCCCCUAUUACUUUAGACAUGGAUUCCAAGCACCUAAUAGCGUUUACUGCCAACUUUGAAACUGGUAGCCCUGUUCUUUGAACACAGUGGAUCAGUGGCUGUACUGGAUAAGACACUUUGAGAAAUUUGAAGUGGAUCAUUAAUAUAACUGCUAAUUUGAUUGACUCAGAAAACUACAUUCUCCAAUGAUUCUCUUUCAAAGUGUUAAUACUAUUCUCAGUGUGUCAAAAUACAUGGCAAAAUCAGUUUAACUAAAGCCUGAGUAUUCAUAAAUAUCUGUCUAACAAUCCAGCAGUUUACCAACUUUUCAGUUUAUUCUGUUGUUUGCUAUUCUCAUAAAUAUUGUAAGUGAUUUAUAUUUUAAUUAAGUAAGAGAAAAAUUGAAACAUCACUAAGUCUACCUUUAAACCAUCUGAGGGGUUUCUAAUCUACUUUAGACUCCUUCACAUCAUCCUUGCGUUGAAAAGUUCAGGCUCAAUCUGGCUCCUUUUGAAGAUAAAACGGUGUGUGUGUGUGUGUGUGUGUGUGUGUGUGUGUGUGUGUGUGUGUGUGUGUGUGUGUGUGUGUGUGUGUGUGUGUGUGUGUGUGCUGGUGUUAAAACAGAGAGUAUGUCAGACUUAAGAGACUUCAGAGGCCAGAUGAUCAGCAAGGAUGUGCAAUUAAUUAGGAUAAAUUGGGAUUUCUGCAGAGUGACAAUGGGAAGUCUGAAUUUUCCUACGGUAUAUACCUUUGUUUGAUUGAACCUCCCCUCUGUGAGGCUGCUUUUGUCCAGACAGGAAAACACUUGUUUGCAGGAGAGAAAACCAUCAUACUCUCUUGUCCUCAGAUAAACUUUUAUGUUGUUAGUGUGUAAAGUUCUCUGUCUGCAUCAACCUCAUGUACUGUUGUACUGUACACUGCCUCAUGGGAAUGCCUGCAGGACACUGGUAAGUGAUAGACUGGGAUAAUGUGUAGCAGCAAGAUCCCCAUGGAGGCGGCCUUUAAGCAGUUAUGCUACUGGAUGACUAAAGAUAGCAUCUGCAAGAGCAGAUACCUUAAGAAUACAGAGUCUUGAAGCAUGCUUAUUGAAAAAAAGCCUUCAGAGUUCAAUGACCAGUUCACAAGCAGACCUUUUCAGAGAUAUUUGAUCAUUUAUCCUCUCAGACCUUUAUUUUGCCGGUUAGUUCCUCAGCUGCUCAGUGUGGCAUCUCAAAGACAUUUGGGCAUUGGAUCUGAACUCAUAUCUGCAAAGAGCAAGCGGAUGUACCAUGACAGCAGAGCCUUUGAGGGAGGAGGACUGGGUGGAUGAACGGUUCAAAAACUCAUGUGACUUCCACAACAGAGGCAGCCUUUCAGCGCUUUAUUUAGCCACGCUGGUGGCACGCCAUUAUAAGCAGUAACAUCCGUGUGCUGGUCAGCUCAGAACUUUGUUCUGGGAUGGAAUCCUGAUAACCUUCAGAUGGAUGACAUGGAGAUGUUGUGCAGACCAUCAUGGUUUGCAGAUGAUGUUUCCUCCUGACUCUGAUGUUCCUGACCCCAGGAUGACUCCGGGGUUGUCAGGAGGCUAACCUUUUGGAUUUGGAUUGAAACACUUUAUGGAUACUGUUAGGAUUGAUUUGAUACAUGUUAAUAUACACAAACUCAUGGUCCUUUGUGAUGCACUAUCAAGGCUUUCUACCCCUGACCUUUGGUCAACACAAUCUUCAGGACAAACUUGGAUUAUUCAUUCGGCCAACUUGAGUUUAAGUUCAAAUACUUAAAAAAACUGAUCUACACGGAAUAGGGGGACAGUGUUGUGUGAAUGAGUGAAAAUAAAUGCAUUCAUUGAACAAUCAUAUUUUCAUGAAUGGUUCAGUUUAUAACUCGAGAAUGGGAACGUGAGCGUAGUUCACUCUUGGAGCAGUGAAUGGCUGCUUACAUUCAGAGAGGUGUGGAAAGAUGCAGAGAGGUAAGGGGAGGUGCUGAGAGAUGCUGAGCAUUGUGUUUUACAGCAGCAGAAGUCAGAUCUACAGCACUUUCCAUGCAUUCAGCAUGGCUAAUCCUGCUGACAGUACAAAGCAGGAGUUCUGAACAGAUCUGUGGUGAUAAAAUAGCAAACUGUGAUUCAUUUAUUUUGGGGAUUAGCUUGAGGGAUAGGGAUUAAAGCACAGAUGGCUCUACUGAAAAAGACAACUUUUAACUAAAAAAUGAACGUGAACCAGUUCAUUUGUUGGAUUAUGAACUAAAAAUGAUCUUCAAACAUGAGCGAGUUAAUUUUUGUGAGAGCUGUCACAACACUAAGGAAAUGUUCUCAUUCCCGUUUGGAGUUGAGGCUGUUUUAUCUACAUGUGUUCUUUUGGUCUUAGUUUAUCUGCAGCCAGAAACUAACCCGUGUGAGGAGACAAGAAAAAUUAUGCAAUUUCAGAUUGUACUGCAGUUUUUUUGUGGAAAAUGUAGCUUUUAUUAAAUAAGUUAAGAAAGUUAAAGUCUUAACAAUACAGUGUACUUGAAAAUGUCUUCUGGAAGUCCUUAUCUUUAUGCAGCUAUGGAAGCCUCAAAAAGUUGGUGGUUCCACUAAUUGUCAUCAUUAUCAUCAUAUAAGAGGUUGGGUUGAUACCUGACCAAAAAGUCACUGACUGUCACACAAAUCCUGGAAGCCACUGAAAUCCUGAGGGUAAUGAAAUCAUGGUGAAGCCUAGGUGACCUGGUGACCUGUCCCAGUUUCCCUCUGUUCACAUGAAAAAACUGAAAGUUGCACAUCAAUGCAGAGCUCUUCAACUUUCCUUCUGAAAUACCAGACAGGCUUAAAACUCCACCCUGACCUCACCCUCAUAUUAGCUCUGCUUACAGUAAUGAGGCACAGCCUACUUACAUUUCUGCUGAACAUUGUUACUAACAUGAAGAACUCUGGUGCAGAGCAGUCGAUUUUCAAUAUUAUAAAAGCAAGACAAAGAAUACCAUUUGUUGCUUAUGAGACAUGAUUUUACAUUUUGAGAUGACUUGUGAAUCAUGAAGUUUUCAGAAAAGUGUCUAUUUUGUAGUUAGUUAGUUUGUGAAAUGGAAAAUAGUUAAAUCAUUUCAAAAUGAGGAAGGAACUACAAUUUGUCGAAGUCCUAAACUCACAUCUGAGUAAUCUUACAUGGUACUUCAAUGUGUUCAAAGUGAUAAUUAUUAACUGGGAAUAUCCAACAAAUGAUGUAAUGUUUGCACAGAGAGUUUAAGUGGACAGUAGAAAACUUGUAUAUAUAUAUAUAUGUAUAUAUAUAUAUAUAUAUAUAUAUAUAUAUAUAGUGUGUACACAAAGGACAGUUUGCGUUGCGUGGAUACAAAUCUUUGGACUUGUACAAUUGUGUACUUUGUGGCCAUGUCCAAAACUUAAAAUGUUAUGACACAAGUUCAGGGUUUUGCGCUUUGAGAGCAGGUGUCCUGCCCAGCCAGAGACAGGGAGUAUAACCUUAUGAUGCCUGGGUCUACGUGCACAUGGAUCUACACUGUACACUGCACAGACUGCUGCUGCAUUUAUGGCCUUCAGGACCAUAAUCUGUUUUUUUAAUGGCCUGGAGCCACAAUCUUCCUUUCUUGGCAAAAGGAUGAGAUCCCCUUGGGAUGUUAAACAGUUUUGACUCCGUUAGUAACAAGUAAGAAAUGUCCCGCUUUCUGCCCCCUGGCUGCGAAUGCAAACCUGUGAUGACACUGCACAGAAACCCAUGUGAACAGUGACACAGUGUAAACAUGUGACAUGUUGUCCCACCAUGGGGUAAGUUGUCACAGUGGAUUUUGCAGCUAAUAAAACAAGGACAAAAUUAUUGUUCUCGUUUUUUGGACAUGAAAGCAAGCAUCAAAGUCAGGCACAGAAAAUAUUUAUCAUUGAACUAGUCGUUACACAUAGCCACUGAACAAUUGUUAACAUAAACUAACAACAUGCUCUGGAGUUUAGAGAGCUGUCUGACACUGUAUUUCGGUUGGGGUGAAUGUUUUGCAAUACCAAGCUAAGGUAUGGUAGUUGACAUUAAAGUCCUUUAUUGUACUCCAGAUUGAUUUAUUAGCUAGGGUCACUUGCCUGACGCCCUCAGCAUCACGUUAGGCGCUGCACUGCCAUGUUCUAGGAAUUUCUUUUGUAAUUCCUGACCAUGUCUUCUUGCUUUCUCCUCUCCUGCAACUGCAGACUCUCUACGUUAAUUUUAAUUUCUUUUAAACAUGUGACAACUAACCCCAAAAUGACUGAGACAGGUUGCCCCAAACUACCAUAUUUGCUAAUUCUAGCUCUAGUUUAAAGUUAGCUUAAAACAGAACAAUGACUGAGGUAUGACAGGAUCCCUCAAUCUCUCCUCUUACAAGUCCACAUAUAUCACUGCUAGGGUUUUUAUCUGGAAAAAGCUUAUUUCAAAAUAAAGUAAGUUAAUUUUUUUUACUUUGGGUUGUGCGAAAUGGUUAUUGGCCCUCAUCUCAGCUCACUAUGCGCUCUCCUCUUCUCAGAUAGGGCACGACCCCUGACCAUGUAAAGGAAUAAAACUAGUAUUCCCCUUUUUAGUUGUGGCCUCUGGUGGCAAAGAUAAUUGCAAUGUGACAACUUACCCGUGUGACAGCAAGCCCUGGUCUCCCCUACUGCAACUGGGAAAACUUUGAAGGCACUUUUGUACCCACUGUAAAGCCAAACUGAUCAGAUAGAUCAUUUAUAUAAGUUGCAGUAUGUGGAAAUGUAUACAAAACUCAAAAUAAGGAUUAAAAAAAAAUUCAAAUACAUUACCAACAGCUGCAAUAUCACAUUACAACAUAAGCAUGAUUUAUUUGUUAAAAUCCAUCUCAUUACUUGGAAACAAACUACCUCACUGAUGACAAAGUAAGCCAAUAAAAACUGUGUGCUGAUGAGCAGGGCUGGGCAGACAACUUCCAAGAGAAUUUUUCACAAAAAUAAGAGGCACCCAAACUUAGACAAAUAGGAAAAAAAAUCUCUCUCCCACCCUAGUGCGGAUAAUGCUGCUUUUAUGCACAUUUUUCUCUGUGUAUGCAUUGACAUGGGAAUUCUGCAUGUUGUUUUACUUGUAUGAAAUCAGUUGGAGGACUCUGAAACUCGUGGCAGCUACAUCCUACAUGGCUAGAUAUUUUUAGAUACGGGCUCCUGACUGGUUCAGCCCAGUGAAAUGAAAUACAGUAUGUUACUGAGUAACAUAUGGGGUUACUCAGUAACAUGUGGAGCGGAACUCUGCAGGACGGGAAGGAGUCUCCUGCAGACUCUGGGUGAAGUUAGUUCGUUUGUCGCUGCUUUCCGUUUUGCUUCGUCCUUUACUUUGUACUUUUUAGGGGCAGAAAUUUAUAUUAAUGAGCCGGCACACGCUUCUCAAGCUAUUUGAAAAGUUAUUAUGGCUCAGAAAAACACCGACCAUGACACUGCAGCAGAACAAGAGAGGCCUCCUACUCCGGUAAGUACCGCUGCUACCGGUUACUCGUCUCCGCUCAUAGCUCCACUUCUAAGGAGCAGAAAUCUAGGACCGUUUGCCUCCACUGACACAAAUCUGACACAAGACUUCAGAUGGAUUUUUAAGACCUACGCCUUUUCUGCACAGGGACGGCGUUGUUUGCAGUUAACCUACAAUCAGUUAAACUACAAAUCACGGCUUUAGGUUACUUGACCAAUAACACCCUUCCUGUACGCACGACCUCAGUGAAAGUGAUUGUAGCGCAACAGAGAGGUUAGACGCAGGGAACACCGGGGAUAUGACUUCGAUUCAGUGUGACAGUUUCACGUCGUGCUACUGACGACCGACAAAAUUGGUGGUAGUCGUAGUUUGGCGGCGCCUGAGGUAACAGCUGCUUUAACUACAUUAAUCUAAGUGCCUGUUCAAACUGGGCUGGUGUCACUAACUCCACAACUCUUUGAACAUUCAUUCGUCACUGUUGGUGGAAAACAAAGGGACCUGUUUUAUAUUACAGGACAUUUAUCUGCUGCCAGUCAUGAAGAGUGUGUGCCACAUCCCUCUCCAGAUUUAUUGUAAAAAAAAACGAAUAUACUGGUACCUGAAAUACUAUUCAUAACAAUUGUUUACCAGUGGGAUGAAUCCUACCUCAUAUCUUUGAACUCAUGUAAAUCAAAUAUAGUUUAUACGCAGUAUUUAAGUUAUUUGGUUGGAUGGAUAAAAUCUUUUUUAAUGACGGACAUGUGUAAUGUUCUAAUUAUGGUGUGUUUUGGAAAUUUUUUGUUUCUUGAAAGAAAAAGUAACUUAAAGCCAAAAACUUGUCUUUCUCUGUCAAUUUAUUCUUGCAAGAAGGAGAGUUUCACAACAACAGUCUUCAAAAACAGUCAAAGCGAGAAUCCUGGGGAAGCUACGGCGUUUCCUCUAUUUAAACACCUUCUUACAUUGUGCCUUUCUAACAUUGUACAUACAUGCUUCCAUCGGACAAUGGUCAUCAACAAUAAAUUUUCAGUUAUUUCAUUGGUCAUCAGACACCUGCGAUUUUACACGUAAAACUUCUACUUUCACCACCCUCAGAGGUGAAGGUUUCUCAUCUUCUGUUUGUUGCACCUCAGUGAAGGCAGAGGGGUGAAAGCAGUUGACCUUCAUCUUUGCUACACAGACAGUCACUCUCUUUGGUACAGGCUCUAUGACAGUUACUCAAACUGGAGGAAGUUGCUUUUUAUUGGUCUUCCUUAGAAGUAACAGCAAGGUUGUAAGACGCUAAGAUCUCUGUCUGUUUAAGUGUUAUUGUUUACCUUGUUAGAAACAGAUUAUCAUGGCAUGCAAAUGAGACAAGACCUUAAAUGGUUUAUAUCAGACAUCUUGUGUUCCUGGUCCUCUCUUUAUUGUAGGUAUUUUUAGUUCUUUAUUAAAAACAAUUACGAAGUCUAAUAAGUGCUUCAUGUUCAUCAAUGUUGUCCAACAGAUCUGCUGACAAUUACUUACAUGAGCGUAGUCUAGACCUGCUCUUUUUCUUUGGAAAGCACCUUGGGAUAACGACUGUUGUGAAUUGGCGCUAUAUAAAUAAAAUUUGAUUGAUUGAUUGAUUGAUUGACUUACAUGGGUGUGGUAGUGGGGGGAAAAGUGGACCUGACUACCCAGGGCCUGAGUAGGGAGAGGGGCCCAUGAAAAUCCUGAUUUUCUGGCAUGAAUAGGGGCCCACUGACAUUGAGAGUGCACAGGGGCCAGCAUUUGGUGCUACUCUCCUGAUUACUUAAAAAAACACAUUUGUUUAUUUCUUGGCUACUGUGGUGCAGUCCAUUUUGAAAACAUCAGCUGGAAAACACAUCAUAAGGUUACCAGUCAAACAGUGCGUAUUGAAACUGACAAAUGCAGCUGAGCAUAUGCCCUCUAUGGCCCAACACCAGUGGCAGUCUCUCUAGCAGCUCUGUGUGUUCGGUGUGGGUCUCUCUUGGAGAUAAAUAAAGUAUCUAACUACCUGUGUACCUAUCUGUCUAUCUACAAUGAAGAAAUACCAGCCAUAUAUUCACCACUGAAUACAUCCUCUGAAGGACAUUUGCAACCAGUAACCCCAUUUGUCAAUUUCCAAGACUGUGAAUGAAUCCUGUAUUUAUUUUGUAUUCUGCUUUUGGUAACACACAUGUCUCUCUCUCCCUCUGCCUGCAGCAACUGACUGGCUCUUUGUUGGCGGUAGCCUUCCUUACAUCCUUUGGAAGCUCCAUGCUUUAUGGUUACAAUCUUGCUGUGGUCAACUCCCCCUCUGCAGUAAGUCACACUGACACACAGAGACACACUUAAAUACACUAACACACAUGCUCACACACUAUGACCCAGGGCAGGAUUAUCAACAGCCCAGAGGUACUGUGUCCUAAAGGGCCCCUGGAGGUCUAUGAUUCUCAGCAUUCCACUCUGGUUUUAGGUAUGUCCCUUUUGUAAUCCUAGAAUUAUUCAGUUAUUGUUAAAAUACAUUAAAUGUUUAGGACAAUUGGCCUCUGUCAGGUAGAGUCUAACCCAGGAAAAAAGAGUUUUAGAGCUGGUAAAAUGUGAGAGUAUCAUCAAUCAGUUAAGUACUGUGUUAUAGUCCCCUUCUUAAUUACACAGUCUGCAUGAUUUACUAAGGAGAAGAUAUGUUUCAGUUCAUGAAAUAAGGUUUCAAUUUGUUCUAGAGCAUUGCUAGUGGGGCUGCACCAUAUUGGAUAGAGUGAUGGUGCAAAAUCUUUCCUUCAUGAAUACAUAUAUCAUGAUUCAGGAUGGGUGAUCCAGGUUCUUAUGUUCUGAUCCCAGUAUCUAGGCUUUAGUAUCUGGUGAUACCAAUAUCCUGUCCUUAUCCUAUAAAUUCUGCAAUGUCAGGAUUAGACUGAAAGUUAUGCCUUAGAAUAUCAGGCUUUAUACUUUAAAAUACAAAAGUCAAUUAAAAAUAUGUUUAAUCUAACUAAUAUUAUUCAAUGGAGUUUACCAAGUCGAGUUCAUCAGUAUCAACAGGACUACUAUUUAAUUGUAAACCACAAAUUCAGCAUUAGAUUGCUAAGGAGUUAAAUUUCUUUGGUUAAAAAAAUGGCGACUAAUGCUUGCAAACAUCACAAAGAGUGUUUCAUGUCCUUGCAACACAGCUGGCUGCAGUGAUAGCUCUGUUUUGGCUUUGCUGGUAUUCCUGUUGUAGCUGUUCCGAUGUGUGAUGAUGCUUUAUUGAAUUGGUUUGUUUAUAUAUUUUUUACCUGUACUGUCAGAGAACAUGUGCUUUGCACAUAUUCAAACCACCGUUUGCACACCUGUGUUUACCAUGGACUGUAUAUAGAAUGGAUGCCAGCUGCCUCCUGGCUGGGUGAAGCCUCUGCAUUAAAACAGCAACCCCUGGUGACUGGUUGCAGUAUAGGUCAUAAACCCUGUCUCUUCUAGCAAACUUAAUGGAUCUGUGGACAAACUUUAAAAAAUGAAUUACACAGAAUACAAAAUUUUCAAGCCCCCUGCUUGCAAUGUUGAAAUGUAGUUAUUGUAAGACUGGUUUUUGCUCAAGUCUUCUUUUUUCUGUGCUGCUCCAUUUUUAGAAGUUAUUAGGGGGUUCAUGUUUUCUAUGAUUGACACUUGAUACAGUCUUUGGGUGUAAGAAGAUUGCGUAGCUCACCCGGGGGAUUGAGCAGGGCGUCAUCACAGCGACUCUCUCUGAGGAAAAUCCUUAAAAUACAGAGAGCUUUUUAGCUUCAGAUUUGCACACUGACAGGAUGCGGGGCAAUGUUGUCCAUAUAUACAGCCUAUGGUUUAAACACAGCAGAGUACACAUGGCUGACAUUAGACAGUGCUGCUGAGCAGUCUUAGAGAAGCCCUUUCUGGUGUUUUGAGUGCUUGUUGCAUCUCACCAAGGUCCUGAGGUGCCAGCCUCUUAAGGCGUGGUGUGCUUAGUAACUUUGAGCUAAAGGAUCAAACAGGUUACAUUUUGUUUUUUGAAUUGCUUAUACAGCAAUUUUAGCCAGUACCGUGCCGAUGUUAUCCUGAGUUUAGGGUUGGUGCAUCUCAGAUUGUGAUACAAAAAUAGAAGCAUUUACACCAAAUACAUUUAGCAUAAAGCAGACUUCACAUGUCUUGUGAUGUGAUUAUUACCCAGUUCUGUUCAGUUCUGUUCAGUUAAGUUCAGUUCAGUUCAAUUUUUUUUCUUUGCAGUGCAGUUCAGCAAGGGACAAACCGGACAACCAAGACAUAAAAAAAAUCCACAUUAAAAUCAGCACAUCGUAAUGGUAACGGUUGAACCACAUAUAGUUCAGCCUUAAUAACCAUGAAUUUGAAGAAGACAUGCUUUGACAUUCUUUUUUGUUUUAUUAUGAGGUUAAAUGCCAAUAUAUUCAAGUUCCCUAUCUCUUUCUUCACUAUAUAUCAGUCCUGACUCCCAGGACAUGACUAUGACAUCAAGUCAGAGCUGAAAGAGUAAAAUUCUUAAGACUUAGAUGUGCUUAAUAAUUUUUAACUGCAGCCUGACAGCCCCUCAUAUCUUUGUUAUCUACAUUUGUCUGGCAGUAUUGCUACUGCAGUGAGGGGAUUUGAUCACAGUCCAACAACUCGUGCCAUCACAUGGUAAGCUGAUUAGGAAACUGAGGUAAAAGAGGGGGGGGGGGGGACAGAGAGAGAGAGAGACAUAAAAAGAGAUAUGGGGAUUAGAUUAGUCAGGAAGCUGAAAUGUCAGAGGAAAGAGAAGACGAUUAAAAGUGUGUUGAUGUCGGUCUCGUGAAACCAGUGUACCUCUGACCACAUGACACAGAAGACAAGGUUUCCUCCCUAAUCAGGAGGAGAUGUUUUCCUAUGGGUCUAGAAAUUUUCAUGCUAAUUACCCCCAAACCAGUACAAAUCAGACUACAGACCCUCAGGAGCAGCUGCUCUACCCUAAGGUGGAACCAAAUGAAAAAAUCUCUUAAAAAUAUAGUCUUUAUUAGAACCAAAAGAAAAUUCUGGUUAAAAUGCAGUUUGUACAACAAUAAAUUGGUGUUGUUGCUCUGUGGCAGGAACUAGAUAAACAUUAGACCAGUAAAGACAGUAUUAGACAGCAAGCUGGACUUGACAUGUAACAUGGACCACCUGUACAAGAAAGGACAGAGCAGGCUGUACGUUCUGAGGAGGCUGCAGUCCUUCAACAUUUGCAGAGAAACAUGGUUGCCAGUGUCCUUUUUUCACCCAGUAGUCUGAGGGGCAGCAUAUCCAACAAGAACUCAUCCAGGCUGGAAAAACUGAUCAGACGGGCUCUGUGGUUGGCAUGAAGCUGGACUCUCUGGUGAUGGUGGCAGAGAAGAGGACUAUGAACAAACUAGUGGACAUUAUGGAUGAUGCCAGUCACCCUCUGCACACCUUCGUCAUCAACCAGAAGAGAUUGUUCAGUGUUGGACUGCUCCUUCCCAAGUGGAGGACCAAGAGACUGAAAAACUCCUUUAUCCUCCAUGUAGUCAGACUGUACAACUCCUCUCUGGGGAGGAGGAGGGGUAACAGGAGGACAGAGGAUGUAGAGGAGCAGCAGCAUUAGAAGUAGUAGUUGAAGUAAUAAUUAUGUACAAAUGUCCAUGGCUUUAUAUCUUACUUUUUAUAUGUACACUAUAUGUAUAAGUUCCAUUAUAUCUUUAUUCUUUACAUAUAUUACAUUUUUAUUUCUUACUUAUUUGAUCAUUCUGGGUUUUUUUUUCUGUACAUACUGAUGUUGCUGGAAUUUUAAUUUCCCUGAGGGAAUCUUCCAAAAAUGAUCAAUAACAUUUAAUCUAACCUAACCUAAUCUAAUCUAAUCUAAUUUUGUAAACUGAAUCUCUUUAAAAUUGUUACAAACUAGCCUGCAAGCUAUGAAAAGUAAUAUGCAGCUAAAAAACAGCUGUUUUACAGAAGUGGGUGUAAUUCUAUGAUUACCUAUGAUAAACAUCUGUAUUAACAUCUGUAGCUACUUACACAUGUAUUUUGUUUUUGUAUCCAUUGUUAAUCAAUUUUUUUUGUGUUGAUUUUGGUAAGGACAUCAGCACUUUCAAAUAAGUCAAGCUAUUUGUUUGAAUUUACACACAGAUGAUGUGACAGGCUGCAGAAACAGAGACAGUGGGCUGGCUAGGCUAAUCAAAGGAUUAAGGACAGAGUUUAAUGUAAGGGAGGAGGUAUGAGGAUCGGAUGUGGCCAUGACAUGAUGACAUAUUCUAACCAGGGAUGCAUGACACCAGAGGCACUGUUUAUCAUCUAGCAAAGCUGACAACUACCUCAUGCCAGUAGGGGACCCCAACCAUAUAGCUCAAAAUUGCAAAAUUUGUAAUGACAGCAAGGUACUUCCCAAGGGGGGCCAAUCUGACAACACUCUGUCUCAUCGCACUGCAAGCAUACCUGAAACGUGAAGAGCCUUAGAGGGGGAAUAACAUAACUUCUACUUGAAUUUAUGUUACUCCCCCUCAUGACAUAAUGACAUUUGCUAUAAAGUGUUACAUUAGCUUUCUUAGCUAGCAGAGCAUCCUGUGUCCAGCUCUGCUGACUGGGUCCAGACAAGUGUGUGCUUCUGCAGGUUAUUCAUUGCAUAAUGAUGAUGGAUACUGGUUUUAGGGAACUGGUGUGAUUUUAUAGUAAUGGCCCCAAUAACAAACUCUUUGGGUUUGGACUGUUUUCCACAAAGGGGGAUCACAUAAUCAUAACUUUAUGGCAAAAAAAACUCUCAUUUCAAGAUUUGGGUGGAUAACUGCCUUAAAAAAUAUCCCAGUCACAGCAAUUUGUAAUUAUUUAGCUUUAUGUUUUAUUAAGUGAGUCAUCGUACAAAUGUGCAUCCUGUCAUGCUGCUUACAACCUGCUUCUGCUGUCCUCUUCUCUUUCAGUACAUAAAGGAUUUCUAUAACCAGACAGUGCUAAGGAGAAAUGGAACAGGACUCACUGAAGAGACUCUCACUGUCAUGUACUCCCUCACUGUGUCUGUCUUCGCCAUUGGAGGCAUGCUGGGAUCCCUCAUUGUGGGCAUGCUUGUCACCCGUUUUGGCAGGUAAGACCUAAGUUUUUAUAUUUUCUUUUAAAGAUAGAUCCUAAUGCAGUUCUUAUGAUUGGUCUCCAAGCCUAAAAGCACAAUAAUAGAUAUAAAUUAUUCUGUAGAACAAGUUUAUCCAGUUUGGCAUCAAGAGGGACAAUAUGUCCUCAGCAGCCCUCAGAGCAGCUGUAUUUGAAAGCUGGCUCUGCUCUGUCCUGACACCUUUGUAACCCCUCUGGACCUUCGACCACAACAGUGGAAAGGGUCCAGUUGGCACUGCCAGCCUGAGAGACACUCAGGAGCAUCUGGUGCUGCCUCCAAUAUUAACAAUUGAACACACUUGACGAAAUGAUCAUCACAAGAAACAAUACUCUGUCCGGCUCUGUAGUUAUUUGAAGUACAUGGUCUGAUUUGUGGUCCAUUAAAAGAUAAAGAAGUGAAUAUCAGGUAGAAAGGCAGUUAAGGCACACUCAUACACAAAUACACACCAGAUACACUUACACUGGCAACCAAAGGCACCAGAUCGGGGUCUAGUAUAAAUCAUGACUUCCCCAACAUAAGACCGCCAACCCUCAAGCCCCCCUUUGGUAUUCGCUGUCCUUCAGAAGGCACCUUUGCCUAUUUGUCCUUGUUGCCCUCCAGAAGUAAACUGUUCAGUAUAAAGUUCUUUUUCCAUCAAGUACAAAUCAGCUGAUCGCUCUUAUACCCCAACAUUUCACAGAACUUCAGUGGCGAUUAAAUGCAAAUGACAAGCUUGCAAUUCAUAAUCCUCUAUACUGGCUGAUUAGAUUUUUCACACAGUGCUGUUUUAUGACUGAUCAUAGCUCAUGACCCACCUUGUGAGCUGUGUUGGUGUUUUAUGGCUUAUGGAGACUUAUACAGGCACACGUCUAUUGCUAGGCCUUUGUGUGUAUAUCAGGUCCAUAUACUGUUGUUGGCCUUGCUGUGUCAUUAACCUCUGGGUCAUAUGCUUUUAUGUAUAUUCAUGACAAGUACAUUCACACCAGAAUGGAGUUUAUCGAUUUCACUUCAGUAUUCAGUACAAUCAUUCCCCAGAGACUGGCAUACAAGCUGGGCCACCCUGGGUGAAACACCUCCUUCAGUAAUUGGACCUUUUUUCUACAGAACAAGGACAAACAUGAUUUUAAUCUUCCUUAUACUACACUCUGCCAUACAGACUGGAAAGAUGUAAAACACUAUUGUUUCUCUUUUUUUUUUUUUUACAGAAAAGAUUAAAGAAAAGAAAGAUGUAUUUUUGAAGCAAUCUGCAAUGAAUAAAAGAAAAAGGCCAAAUCUGUCUGUUAGAGAUCUCUUAAACAAAAUGAACUCCAGUAUAUUUACUAAAAGUCACUGAAAUAGCUGUAAGGCAAACAAAUAAGGCAAAAGCCAUUCUUUGAAGUAAUCAGUGGUGCAUGUUUUAGAUUUAAACAGCCAAGAAAGUCAAUCCAUCAGUUAAUGAAUGAUAUCGUGACAAUAAGAAAAGCUCAAGUAAAGCAUUCCUUCACUACAAGAGAACUUAAUAAAGACUUAAUAAACUGACAUAUUUAAUUUUCACAAGCUAUAUACAAAUAAUUCAAAGCCCAAACAGAGCAAAAAAACAUAUUGAUGUGGCCCUGAAAAAAAUAGUUUUCUCAUGGAAAACACAUAGUAACCAGCCUGUAUGCUAGCCUGUUAAAGGAGACUUUUGUGCUGAUUUUCUACUGUUUUGUAAACUUCCAGUUGUCAGUCAUAUACCUACAGACUAAGCUGCUGCUGUCCCCACAUGUCUGCCUAACUGUCUGCUCUCUGCAUAUCUGUGUACUUUUAGGAAAGGCACAGUUGUGAAAACAACAGUGCUAGUGUUUGUUGGUGGCAUACUCAUGGGCUUCAGCAGGAUUUGUGGUUCGCCUGAGAUGGUCAUCAUUGGCCGCUUCAUCACAGGAAUACACUCAGGUAAAGUAACGUAUACAUGAGCACCCUCCUUUGCAACAUUAGAGACUAUUACCAUUGUGCAUGAUAAGGCAUGUGCAGUGAUCUUUUACAUGUACCUACAAAGCUGUUCCAGUGAAAAGCAGGUGCUCUUCUGUCUAAACAUGAUGCUUUUGUACAAAUCUACCUCCAAAAAGGUAUGCUCCUAGGUAUGUUCCUAGUCUGCUUAAAGAGAACCAGACUGGACUUUACAGGUCACUGACACUGACCCCACUGUCACACCGUAUGUGAGCAAGACCAUAGAAGUUAUUGUUAAAGAUGAAGUUGCUGAAUAAGAAAAUACUCUUAUGAUACAACACCAGCUGGGAGCCCAGGAAAACCCUGGGAAAUGGCUUUGAACUUUGGGCAGUGCUGGAGUGAGUUAUCAGAUAAUUAGAAAAAGGAUUGUAAUGGUGGUCAUCAUGAAGUGAGGCAAAUAGAGAGCAAAAGGUGUCUAGAGAUGAGAGGAGAGAGCUGAAGCUGUAACAACAUCAUCUAGUAUUUGUGUGCAGGUUGACAAAAGGUAGAGUCUAACUAAUGUUCAGACUAAUGUAUACUUUUUUAAAUCAUUUUUAACAUUAUCAGACACUAUUAGAUGCAUGCUGUCCUCCAUGUUCAGAGUGAAUGCCUUCAAAAGACCUGAGUUAAAUGAACAGCCAUGCCAACAGAAAUAUCAGACCCUCACACUCAAGAAUUUAGUUUGUCUCUUUUAUGAAUAUACAGCUUAAAUGAAUCAUCAGUUAUGAAACACAUUCAGUCAGUCUCUCAGGUCAGGUGGUCUGAUAAAAACUCAUGACCACACUUUUGAGGGUGUACUCAUGCUGUUGCCCCACACUGUGCCAAAACAUAUUUGUUUCCCCUCCCCAGUUCCCCACUGGCCUGCACUCACAUUGCUCCACACCCAGCCCGACCUCUUCCACAAACUCAUCACAUGACAUGUCUGUGAUCCAUGAUGUCAUGAUCCAACAAAUCAAAUUUUCAAUGCUUAAAUGAAUUGAUCGACUUAUUAAUUGGAUUGUGCACUGAAAGACAGUGUGUCAGUGCCAAUCUUCUGCGCUUAGAGUGAGAGAGAAAGAUCUUUGUUGAUAUUAUAAUUUCUCAGUGUGUUUCAUUUGUUGUUAAAAUGCACAAUUUAAUUAUACUGUAUGAUUUCCUGUCAGUGGAGAAUAAAACUUCAUUGUUGUUUAAUGUUUAUUUCAUCCAACAAAGUCAGCACAAGCUGCAGAGCCCUCCCCCAUUCCUCCUGACUUUCAGUGACACUCAUCCAGUCUUUUCAUGUGUUAUUACGGGGGAAAAUACCUUGUUUUUGGACCACAUUGGAUAUUACUUCUUAUUUAUAUCAGUUAUGCAAGGCAGCUAUAGGAAGAGUAACAUCAUCAUAGGAUGUCUGGCCAAAGCCCACUUGUUCCAGUGCCAUGACAUUGAGCACUCAUGUUAGUAAAAAAAAAAAAAAAAGACUUGAGGGGUUGAAACAUGCUCAGGCAUGGCUUGAAGUGCAUAGUGUGGGUGUGACUCUGACUUUUGAAUGGUAUCUUGAAUAUAUAUGAACAGUGUCUUUCAGUUUCAAAUGAAGAUCUUCAGCUUAAUACGUGAAAAUGUUUGAAAUCUCCUGUCCUGCUGUGUGCCUCAUCAUCACCAGUUACAGUUCAGAAUUACACCUCAGCCCAUUUGAUUUUGUAAAACUGCAUUCAACAAACUAGUUUUCUUUUUUUUCUCUUUUCAACUGUCCACAUACUUUGUUCUUGUAGGGUCCUCACAUUGGUUCAGUUUGCUCCGAUAUUUGAUGUAUUUUCUUUUUUGUUAGAUCAAGGUACUAUAAAAUCAUUACUGGGAACCUUAUCAAAGUAGCACAUUUUUAUAUCUCUCUCUGUUUACUGCAGGCAUCUCUCUAAGUGUAGUACCAAUGUACCUGGGUGAGAUAGCGCCAAAGAACCUACGGGGCUUUCUGGGUCUGGUGCCAAGUAUCUUUAUCGGCACUGGUGUCUUCCUCGCUCAAAUCCUUGGCCUACAUGAGCUUCUCGGAAAGGUAAUGACCAUUGCUCCCUGACUUCAUCCAUAAACCACAGACUCAAAGGUUUUCAUCAUUAUGUAUGCCAAAUGUUUUUCACUCCAACAACCAUAACUGCAGGAGAAAAGAAGCUUGUAACUGAUUAGGAGUUUUGAGGAGUUCAUGGCCAAAUGUUGGUGGUGACUAAUGUGCAUAAUCAUUACAAAUCUUUAAGCCUCAAAAAUCUAAUUUUGAGCUAAUUAAAGUUUACCUUGGCCUUCAUUUCAUCUUAAAAAUGUGAUAUCUACUUCUCAUUAGUAAGUGAGUGUGUUCUGUAGCUGUAGUCUUUAUGUAUUAUCAACUAUACCAAUCUUCAACAUCUGCAUAAUCACCUGUAUUUUAAUAAAACUCUGAUAUUAGAGUCACUGAACCAUUGCUGUAGUAUAUAAAGGCUAAUAAGUACACAGAAGUGAGUGAGUACCUAUGUGGUUUCCCUGUUGCAGGAGGAACACUGGCCCUUCUUUCUCUCAGUGAUAGUGAUACCCACCUUCAUCCAGUUGCUAGUGUUGCCAUGGUUUCCAGAGAGCCCCAGAUACCUGCUGAUAGACAAGCACAACGUCCAUGCCACCAUCACAGGUCAGUGUUAGGACUGUGUGCUGUCCAUCAACAUGCAGAAGCUAUUCAGGAGAAAGGACACACUGGGUUAUAAAUAAAUCAAGUAAUACUGGAGUAAUGAGUAGCCCCAUGAGGAAACACCUUUCUGUGUUUUACAGCUGUAAUAAACCUUUAGUCCUUCUUUCUUUGAUUUCUUUAUAGUGUUGUUGAAGAACUUCUGCAUUACCUCACCCAAAACAGGCAGUAUUGUAAAUGAACAAAAAAUACAACUGUUUGUCUUAUCAUUGAUUCGAGUUGCCAGCAAAAAAAAACACCACUCUGGAGAAAAAUCUGGAACCUUUUGACACAUCUCAGAUUAAGUUCCAAAUAAUCUAGGUAGGUUGACUGACUGACUGACUGACUGACUGACUGACUGACUGCAGCUAUCUCAGGGGGGAAAACAACUUGCAAGCGACAGUUUUUAUAUCCACGUAAUUGUUGUUUUGUUUGUAGCUGUGGUUAGAUACAGUCAGUGUAGGUGUACUGGACUGCAUUUCAGAAUCUUUCUAUGCUGUCUGAUAAUAAUCACUCAAUUUCUUGUGCUCUGUCCCUCAGCUCUGAAGUACUACAGAGCUAAGUGUAAUAUCCAGGCUGAGAUCGAGGAGAUGCAGGAAGAGCAGCGCUCUCUGUCAUCAGUGGAAACACUGCCAGUCUGGACUCUGUUGGCGGAUGAGCGAGUCCGGAAGCAGGUGCUCUGUGUGGUGGUCAUCAACAUCGGCAUGCAGCUGUCUGGCAUUGAUGCUGUAAGGACUCUUGGAAAACUGAGUAAUGUAUAAACAGAGGGGGAGGGGUCAGCAUUUUUGUAAACAAUCACUGAUGUUCAAUUUGGAGUCCAAACAUGAUCAAAUUUAUUACAAUUUAGGAUGCUCACCCAGAGAGGGAUUCCCCAUCCCCUAUAAAUGUCAAAGCACACAUGGAUCAGGAAAGAUUAGUGAUGUUAUAUUGGUGCAAACUGAGACAAAGCUGUGUCUUUUAAAGUCCCACUCCAAUUUCAAGUUUCCAAUUUCUCCAGUUUCAAGGGCUUUUCUUCUGCAGAGCUCCAGUAGCUCAUCAGCAAUUCACCUCUGAGUCGUGGGCGGAGACAGCACUGCUCUGCACACUUCUCUUCACACUAGCUUGCAGCCUAACAUUGCCGGUGUGGUAGAGGAAGCAGGUAACAUAGGAGAUAUUCAGCUCUCAGACACUAAUGUCUUUGGGGACAUGAUGAAAGUUAAUAUCAAGUUAAUUGUUCUGCGAUUGUCCUCUCUACUUUUCCGAGUCUGGCCUGCAGAGCAGGGCUCCGGGGGCGGAGCUUGGAUUUGUGAUGUAGGAAAUCUCACUGUAUCUGAACCUGUCAUUUGGGUCUGCCAGAGUUUCACAGCGAUUUGAAUGCAGAAAUACUCAGAUAUGCAGUUUCACUCUUACUUUUCUCAUGAUAUGUCCUGUAACACCAGAAAAAUGCCAUAUGAACAUGGAGACAACAAGAAAAACAUGAUUUUCAUCAGAGUGGGUCAGAGUGAUCCCUGAAAAACUGACAACACACUUAUGAAUAAUUCAUUCGACUGAAUCUAACCUGUUCCCUCCCUGUUCCUCCACUUCAGCAGCACGUAGCCUGACAUGUCCAGUUUUAUUUUGCACCAUUUGUUUUAAGAGUGUGCACUGUAGAUCAUAAAAUAAGACCCUCAGUGUGUGAAGGGCGAUAGGUUGGGUUUAGGGCUGAAACGAUUACUCGAGUAACUCGAGUAACUCGAUUAAUAAAAUUCCUCGAGGCAAAUUAUAUGCCUCGAGGAAUCGUUUAAAUCCGGAACCAUGUGCAGCGCACGGUGUUUGACACGGACGGUUAUUUCUGUUGCGCAGAAGCGUGCUCUUUCCGCUCCUUCCGCUGCCGCGCGUUUGGUUCAAUCAUGGAGGGAAGCGAGGACAGACAGAAGCUGUGUCCGAAAUGGCAUACUGCCUGCUAUCUACUUACCUACUCAAGCAGUAGCUACUGCCUACUGACUACUCAAAGAUGAUUUGAGUAUGCCGCGGCUGCCCGAGCGUUUACACACAUACAUACUAAAUACCCCAGAAUGCAUUUCGUGCCGGCCGGACGCAGCGCCGGGAAAAUUUAAAUAGUCCUACCACAAGCUACAUAGAACGACUGCAUACCGGACAAAUUAUAUAAAUUCAUUCAAUAAUAAUAUUUUUUCUAGCGAGAAAGUAAGUGUUUACAUCACGAUUAUGAGCCCAGUUGUUUGAAAUAGUGGCUGUUUGUAAAUUUGUCUCGGCGUUUUCGGAGACCGAAGCGUCCACUUGGUCGGUGUUUGCGUCUAUUUACCGUAAACACCGGGCAGCAGCAGCUCCCCCUUCACGUUUCCAAAUUAUUGCGAAGUGUUUUCAUAAUCAACAUCUACGCGACACAAACCGGGCGGCAGUGGAUGAAAAAAAUCACACAAACAUCCGUGUAUCCAUGGUGAUAAUGCUAUACACCACCUGCUAGGCGUGUGAUGAGCAGCAGAGGGCUGCAAAAUGACCAACACACAACAACAUGUAAAUAAAAAUGUAACACUUUUAUAUAUUGAAUAAAUGUACAUUUGCUUGUCAAAUUAUGUUAGUAUCCAAGAAUUAUAUUAUUUCAGCCUAUUAAUUAAACAAGUAAAAUUAGAUCCAAAGCCUGGAAAUAGUUGUGACUGGUUUAGUGAAAACUGCAAAGAUCAUUACCAUAGCAAUUAAAAGACCAUCUGCAGACCUUGCCUUCAGUAGUUUCAUGUGAACUACAUGGUAAAAUGUAAAACUUUUGGUUCCUGAUUUAUGCAGUAAAAAUAUUCAUUUGAAAGACCUGGCCUAUUUCAGUUUUGUGAGCCUCAUGUACUCGAUUACUAAAAUAAUCGAUAGCUGCAGCCCUAGUUGGGUUAAGUGGAUGUCAUGUUCCUUGAUGUGUAUCAUUGCCUCUUUGAUGACUGAGAGGUUGACUGAUUGGAGACCUAGGAUUUUGGUAGUGGUGUGAGUACUAGAUAAAAGCUCUGUGAGAUAAAGGAGGAAGCAGUAAAACACUUUGGACAGAAUGAUACCUUAAAGGUAGCAACAACAGGACAGGCGUUGAGUCUGAGAAGUGCCUAGCCUUUGCUGGCACAUCAGACAUCUCUUCCACAAAGGAUCCCUUGUAUCAGAGUACAAAAGAUAUAAUUUUAAUACCCUGGCCCAGAGUCACACUGUCAACCUUUCAGAUAUGACACCAUAAAUGAAAGGUUCAGGGGCUUUUUCUUGAUUUGGCUGGUAUACACCAAACCACUGACCAAAGGGAGACAUUCAACAUCAUACCUCUUGUCCAGGCUGGGUUGGCUUGGUUCUUCAUUUCACAAACACAUACCCCACCUUAUUGUACAAGUUGAUUCUAUGUCAGUAGUGCCACUGUGUGUUCUUCCUGGCCGCUCAGCAUUAAAGAGAUACUGUCACUCCUGGCUCCUCUCUGGACUGGAUGGUUUUAGGAUGUACUUUGUGGGAUAUCUGUAGUAACACAGGUGAAGAGCUCUCCUUGUCUCACUGACUGUGUUGACAUUUUCCUUUUUUUUUGUGGCUUGGCCAUUAAGCCCACAGGAAUCUCACUCCUUAACCCAUCUGUCUUCCACCAAUGAAGAUUGUCCUGAGGACUGGGUAACAUCGGGAGAUUAGGAAACCCUUUCAUAUGUGCAUUUUUAAUCUGGUGCCAACCAGUCAUGGUUACUUUUUUACAUGGCAGAAAAAACAGAGGUCAAAGGUGUCAUGCUGAUGUGAGACAUAUUUGCAUGUGUUUGCCAUUUUCAGUAAACCUACAUGAAGCUCUGAUCUCUACAGGUGGUUCAGUAUUUUUUUUUCUUGCAUUUAAUGUCUCACUAGCAUUUAAUUUUCAACUGUUUUCUCUUGCUUCUUCACUUUGGCCUCCUUGAGCACUCACCUCUGUUCCUACAGCUCUUAUCUGAAUGGUGUAGCUUAUUAGGCAGACACUGAGAUGGAAAUAGGCCCAAACAAUCCUUCAUCGUUUUAUGAGCCUCAUGUUGUCUUUUGAAUGAAGCCAAAAGCUGAAGUAAUCAUUUUUCUGCCAAUACUGUUAGCCCAAUUCCCCCUCUGAAUCCAGCCUUUGAGAUUCAUUAAUUAUUCAAAUGAUUACCUGGAUGCCCGGGCUGGAAAGUGCACACUGUAAGCACUGGUGCUGAACUUAUUAGCAUGCCAAUCUCCAGGCUGUAUUUUGAGCUGAUAAUUAGCUCUGCAGUGCUGAAGUAGGCACAUGCUGAGAGGACGGGUGAGGAUGAGGAGAUGAAGGCUAAAAUUGAUAGUGGUUAUGUUUGUGAAAGCUGUAGUACAAGAGGAAGGCAUUGAUAGGUUUGAAAAUAAAACAGAACAGUUGAAAGUAAAGCAGUACACAUGAUCUAUGGUGAUACACAGUGAUGAGGAUGAAGAACAUAUUUACCCAGGCAGUUAUAAUGUGAAUUCAUACUUUUUAGUCAUGUGACAAAGAAAACUGUGAAGACCUUAAAUCACACUAACAAAUUUAUCUUAUUUUCUUUGACACUUUAACUUUGCACCAACACAUAGAAAGAAAAUGUUUUGGUCGUACUUGCAGCAUCAGUGCUGCAUUACAGUCAGAUCAGUUUCAAUUCGUACUUGCACUUACACUGGCUCCCUGUUCAGUACAGAAUUCAUUUUAAGCUUUUAGUAUUUGUUUUUAAGGGCCUGAACAACCUUGCUCCACCCUAUAUUUCGCAGAUGCUCCAGCCUUAUUGCCCACCCCGACCCCUAAGAUCAGCUGAUCAGCUUUUACUGACCGUCCCCAGUACAAGGCUGAAGCUCAGAGGGGACAGAGCAUUUGCCGCUGCUGCCCCUAAGCUCUGGAAUGAGUUGCCCUUGAAAAUUAGACAGGCCUCCUCAUUUCCUGUUUUUAAAUCCCUUUUAAAAACGCACUUUUACUCAUUGGCUUUUAGUACAUUGUAGUGUUAAUUUGUUUUUUAUCAUCUUAGAACUUGCCGUGAGCCUCCUUAUUUAUACACUUAUUUAUUCUUUUGCAUUACUGUAUUUCUGCUUGCUUUAUCUUGUUCUUUGAUUGUUUUAUUUGUUUUUAUGUGUCACUGUACAGCACUUUGGCUACCCUUGUGGUUCUUUUAAAUGUGCUAUAGAAAUAAAGUUGAUUGAUUGAUUGAUUGCCCUUUAAUUCUUGGUGGUCAAUUCUGUGUAAAUAGCAUCAGGUCUUUUGCAAAAUAACAAAUGUUGGCUUGAAGUUUAAUAAAGAUAAAGAUGAUAAAUAUAAUUGUGCACCAUUUUGCUCUUAACACAUGACUGAAGAAGAAGACAUUAAUUAAACUUUACUGAGCUACAGCAGUAGUUUCUAAUAUGUAGCCUCUACAGGAUGUGGGUUUACUGCAGUGUCUGUAUUCACAUUCCCUCUGCAUGUUGCCUCUGUAAGACUGAGACUAUCACUACAUUUGAAGGGAAUCAAAUCAAUCUCUGAUCUUCAAGUUUUUUCUUCCUCUGCAGAUCUGGUUUUAUACCAAUGACAUCUUCGAGGAUGCUGGUAUCCCAGAGGCAGAGAUUCAGUAUACAACAGCUGGAACAGGAAUCAUAGAGAUUAUCGCUGGACUCAUAGGGGUAAGCAUUCACUUGCCACAGGUGCUGUCAUACUGAGGCUGUAUAGUGUCUUUGUUUUGUUUGAACUUAAUUUUUUAAGAUCUUUUAAGAAUUAUUGAUUUGUCAAAAAAUGAGAAGAGUGAGUGACAGACACCUCGAAAGCUCCCUGAUGAACAUAUUUAUCUUAAUUUUGGUGUAUACAUGAACAUACAUAAAAAACUGAAAAAAUGUAGUUAAGUAGCAUUUAAAAAUUCUGGAGCUAAAACAUUCAUGAAUAAAAAAAAGUGUAAACUGUCACUGAUUCUGACACAUGGGACAUUCAGAGCUGGUGAGCGGUUGACCUUUGCUUCCAGUCUUAAUGCUAAACUAAACUAAACAAAUAACUUCUUGACUCCAGGGGCUAUAUUUUCGUGCCUCGCCGGAGACGUGCCGCAGGCACGAUGUAAGUCAGGUCCGCCGCCCCGACAAAGCGUUCCCAAGCACUAUUUGGUAUUUUGGUGAGCGGCAUAGCCCGGCGUAAGUAUCCCCCCUCCCUAACUCAGCUCCUCCCUGCGGCGUAAGUCGUAGCGAGGGAGGAGAGAGGGUGUGGAGUGGGUUUAACACAGCCGAGACCUGUAUUGACCAAUAACAUCAGCUCCUCUCCUCGCCUUUAAAUCUGCCACCGGCGAGGCGUAUUACUAUUUUCGUGAAGUAGUCAAAGAGAUCAAGAGAUGUCUGAAGACAGUAAUGCCACAUGAUGGCGACAGAAGGCAGCCCCUCAACAAGUGUCGCUGUAAACGCUGCAGAGGGCGUCCUUCACACUUUCUCAUAUGAGCACAGAUGGAUUUGGUGUGUGUAAUGUUGGACCCACUAGUAAUACAAACACCCUUUUCACAAAUAAAGACACUCCCCAUAAAGUUGCACAUAUUCAAACCUCACGUGACAAAGGUGAGUUGAGCACAGAGAUCACAUCAUAAACUCCAAAAAUGGCAUUAAAGUCAGAACCAUCUGUGCGUAAAUGAUGCAUCGUGCUCCGUGGCCUGGCUCUUUCUUUCAUAGAUGUAGGCAUAUAAAAUAAAUUUGGCUCACAAAACUGAAUAUUAUAAUAUUCGUAUGUAGGCUUAAAGUAAAUAACUCAUCUGAGCACUGAAACAAAUCAUCUGUUCAGCCGCUGCAGCAAGACGGGGAGAGGACAUGGAGACAUGUCCAGGUCGAGCUGCGCGAGAAGUAAGAGGAAGAGGAAGAAAGAAAAGGAGGGAGACGAAUUACAUAUCCUGUUAACUUCAUUAUGUGUGUCUUUUUACUAGAUAUUUAAUUUAAUUUGAUGUGGUUUCAGCUGUGUUGAUUUGGUCAGGUUGUGUGUCCAAACGUGCCAAACGCGCUCAUCAGAUCAGAUAUAGAUCAGAAUAUAUCUAUAUAGAUCUAAAUGUAUGUGCUGACUCAGAAUAUUAGUUGCUGACGACACUGUGGAAACCUGCCGGUGAGGCAUCAGUGACAUAUGCCGAUACGCCGCUGGUCUACCAAAAUACCACUAGAUCAGCUGCGCUCUGCCUGUGCUGAAAGCUGACCAGGUUUGAAUCGGCCAGCUUUCAGCGCACUUUAUACCCCACAGGCGGAAAGCACGAAAAUGUCACUGCGGCAGCUGAUUCUGUCGACACCUCCCUCUGCCAUGUCCAGCUUGGCGGACCUCGGUGCGCUUCAGUUCACGAAAAUACCAAACUGGCUGUUCGCCGGGCUCUGCCAGAUGAAAAUACCACUGUGCAGGGUCCGCCACCCUCUGCCGCCUCACCGGCGGACACGAAAAUAGAGCCCCAGGUCUUUUCUCAAGUCUCUGAUGUAAGGAAGAUCAGUUUUCUGGUCUCACUUUGAGAAAAAAAGCAAAUCUGUUUGGUUUUAUGACUAGAGCUCACAAAGAGGGGGAUCUUUUUUGUUCUGGUUUGUGUUCAUUCAGCAACAUCUGACACUCUCUGUGUUUCCUCCUGCAGUGUUUCACCAUAGAGAGGCUGGGAAGGAGGCCCCUCAUGAUCUUUGGUUUCACCAUGAUGGGCAUCUGCAGUGCUGGAAUCACUUUAACCCUGAUUUUACAGGUCAGUUCCUGUAUGUCUGAGUAUAUAUGCAGGUAAAUAUUUUAUUUAUGGAAAACAGUGGUUAAAUAUUUGACUAUACCCUACAAGAAUUUUACUGUACAGAAAUGUUUUAGGACAACCACUGAGGAGACUAUAAUUGAAAAGAGUACUUUUGAAAAGGUGACCACUGAUGAUCAUUGAAAAGACAACAGCUAAAAUCACAGCCAAAACUGGUUCAAAGGUCCAAAGGUUUUCCAUUACCUUAACAUGUAUAUUCAAACCCAGUUUUAGGAAACCGUUUUCAUCAGAAGAUUCAACUGACAUUUGGGCAUAUUUACAGUUUUAAGUGUCAUUCUGUAUACAUCUGUACCAGCUCAAUGUUAGUACAAGUGAGGUCAUCGCUUUUCUGAAUCCAGCAACUGGUCUUGGAAACUCCAGUGUUGGAAAAUAAAGCCAGUGCUAAAAAGUUAAGGUUUGUGGUCCCCGCUGCAGUCGUGGGUUCGAGUCCGGCUCCAAACAUGUGCUGCAUGUCCUCCCUAUAUUAAAAAAAAAAAAGUUAAUAACCUGUAGUUCCUCGAGUGACCACUUGAGGCUAUAUCCAAUGAGCUAGUGAGACCAGAUUGGAUCCUAUGUUAAAUACUUUUUGAUUUUCACUUAACUUAUCUGCAGUUUGCUACAAAAAAACUGUGGGGUUUGUAUACUGCCUGUAGUUAAAAAUGAGGUCUGAGCCUUUAAAGUGAUUUCACUCUGAGUUCAACCUUAUUUGAAGGAUGAAAUCCUGGUCAGUGCUCUCCAGGUAGCAUCAUGUUUCCAGCUCCAACUACACUGAUGACGUUUGUCGUUGUCUGAAUAGUUAACUAUCUCAAGGUGAGGAUGAACCACUGUCUGUCUCAUGGUCAAACUGCAGAAUGGUGAUACUCCCUGUGCUCUGUGAAGCAAUAAAUUACAGACAAGAUGUUUUUGGUGCCCAGCUGAGUUGCAAAGGAGUUUGGAAAAGGUUGGAGAGAUGUUUCCCCCACCAAAUCCAUACUUUCAAAUGUUUUGCUGUUUUUCUCCCUGCAGGGUCACUUACCAUUUAUGCACUAUGUCAGUGUUGGCUGUGUGAUUGGCAUCAUUGCUGGCUUCUGUGUUGGUCCAGGUAGGUGUCUGUUCCCAUUAUCCACACUAAAGAUAGUGAUAACACUGUAAAUGACCAUGAUAAUAUACUUUUACAAAUGUUUUCUUACUCAGUAAGACCUGGUAAGAAGACCUUAUUCUCCCUUAAACAUGAGUCAGUGAAAUCACUUUUGUUGCUCUGCACUAUUCCUGUGUCAUAGUCAGAGUAUGAGACACUAACUCUGCAAUUCAGUGAGCCUGAAUGGUGACCACUUCUCAUAAGAGAAAAAUAUAUACAUAUUUAUUUAUUUAUGUCAUUGUGAUUCUACUAAUAUAAGCAUCUUAUUCCAAAAUACAUUUUGACUUACACCUUUUCCAGACAUUAAAAGGACUUCAAACUGGGUUACUUUGUCAGGGUGCUUUGUGUUAUGAAAUAGCUCCCUCUGGAGGUUGUCCUUUAAAACACAGUGGUGGUCCUUUCUCAGGUUUGAAGAGUCAAAAGGCAUUGUGACUAUGAGAUCAUAUCACAGUUUCCAUUGUUAAAUCUUUUGUGUGAUGUUUGAUAAAUAAUACCAAGGACUGAUGGUAGGCAAAGUUGUCGCAUACAUAAGUUUUCAUAAUGGUGAUAUUCCCCUAAAGUUCUCCAAAUCUUCUGACACUAGUAUAGAUUUGCCUUUUUCAUAUACAGUAAUGUGUGUAACAAAGAAUUAUGUUUAAUGUUUGCUUGGUAAAGAGACAAAUAAUGCAGCUGUAAUGAUAGAAUAGUAAAGGGAAAUAUAAGGACCAUGCACUCUAUGAUAUACGUCUCUCUGCCUACACGCUGGCCCUCUACCAAUCAGCUGAUCUCCAUUUAAGCACUAAUGAGCCUCUUGGUGUACUAUUUUAUUACAGGACAUAGUUAUGGACUCACAAAGAUGUAUGAUAGUUUCCAUACAUAAAUAUACUGCAGGCUGGCCUUUACUUUCAUUUUUUAGCAGUUUUUCUCUUUCUUUGCAUGACUCCAAGAGAAAUGAUGUUCAUCUGAAACAAAAACCAGUGAAUUUGACAAGUCUAGAGUUGCUUACAAUGAUAAUUGAUUUGUGUUCCACAAUACAAUGGAUCAAUUUAUUUUGAGGGAGCAGCAGACAGUGGAAAUAUUCAGAUCAUAUUCAGACCAGUUUGUUUAUCCUGGUUAACAACACUUCACUUACAAAAAAAAAAAAAAUCUAAAGCAUUCUUAGCCCGGUGUUGUUAUCCUGCCUUUGAAAGGUCAUCAGUCAUUCCAGUUGUAGACAGAUGCAGGUGAGCCUGAGUGUGUGGAUUUUUUACUGUUGGAUUUGAGUCUCUUUUUUUCUCUAUCCUGUUCUAGCUGGAGUCCCCUUCCUGAUCACAGCAGAGCUGUUUAAACAAUCCCACCGCCCAGCAGCCUACAUUGUUGGAGGAUCUCUUAACUGGCUGUCCAACUUCACUGUGGGCUUUAUCUUCCCCUUCCUACAGGUGAGAGUCACAUGCAGAUGAAGGCUUCAGCACACACUUGAACACGCUUUUCUCCCUCACAGUGCUCAGACUUCUCCUAACCAAGACAAAUUAAAUGUGAUUAGAUCAAGCCAACCUGAUGACUGACCCCCCACUCGGUUUUGCUUUAAUCCUCAUUCUUGUUCGCUAACUUCUCUCAAAGCUGCAUUUGGAGACUGUUACAUUUUGGGACCUGUAAUGUUCCUGUAAAAUUCCCAACAAAUCCCUUGUUCGUGAUUUGUGAAUGAUUGCAAAUCUGCUUGAAAGAUCAAGUGAUAGUCUAAAAUCUCCUUCAUGGGUUCCAUGUAUUGAGUUCAGGCAGGGCAUCUACUUGCAGUAAAACAUUCUCACAUUUGUUGCCUAAAAAAUCCCAGAGAGAUCUAUGGUUUCCUGUUUGUUUCCUGCUUUUUAUUUUUUAUCAAUCUGAACAACAGUAAAGCCAUGCACUGAGAUAAAUGAAUCGUGGCAUAGUAUUAACAUCUAUUUGAUUUUAUUUAAAGUAUUACAUUUUUUAGAAUUGGUUUACUCAAAUUUCUUAACAUCAGCAUACAUCUGAAAACAGUUCAAUUUCAUCAGUUAAAAUGUAUGAAUAUAGUUUAAAUAUGAUGAGCUAUAAUCAACCAGAUUGAUUUUGUGGGUUUAUUGGUAUUAUUACAUAAAUGUAAUUCUUAAUUGUUUCAUUUACUUUUGACCAACAAAUAUAUCAGCACAUAACCUUUAUUGGCCUGUUUAUGUUACAUAUAGUUAAUUCAAAUGGAUGGAAUGAGGCCUAAAUAUUUCUGAGUGUGUGAAUGCCUCAAAUCCACCUGAUGGCAGCAUUGUGUGCAGCUUUCAUUGGUCAAAUCCUUUUCCUAGUGUCAGUCAGUCAAAAAGGCUGACUGACAGAUGCUAACAUGCUGCUCCUAUUAAGACAACAUUCAUAUGCUUUUUUCACCAUCGUCAUCAUCAUUAUCAUGCUGUCAUUAUUACCAUUGGGCUCCUCAUGUUUACCUGCCUCCCACUGAUAAGCAAACUUAACUACUUGCUGACGUCACUGUCACAUUCACCUCUGAUCGAUCUAAAAUGAGCUCAAAAUCAGGAAUAAAAAUAACCUAACCUAAAAUAACCUCUUAAAUCAUCUGCCUCUGGAUUUUUCUGACCCUCACUCUCAACACCCCAACCUGAAAUCUUUAUGUAGAUUUUGUGUUUUGUUAAACUCUUACCUUUGAUGCUGUAGUGGUUAAAAAUGUCUUCCUGCUCACUGUCAUAAGACACUUAAUUAAAACAAAUCAUAACUAAUGUGUAUCUGGUGAGUGGCUUGAAUAUAGAACAGUUAAAAUCUUUAGCUGAUGUGGGGGUAUGUAUUUGAAUAACCCAUUUUAAUCAAAGUUUGCUCAAUAGCUACACUAAUGCACUGCUGCCUGCUAUUUGUGCACCUGUGUUUGUGUUAACCUGCUGUUGAAGAUGAACACAAUAGACUAUGUCUGACCUCCUAUUGUUGACUAAGUCUAUUUCUCAGAAAGAUAGGAUUACAAUAGAACUAAGAGCUCAGUUAAAAAACAGGAGCCAUUUUCUCUGUAGCAAAGCUAUGUCCACACAAGGACAAAACUGUGAGGCUUUCUUCCUCCUUUCUACUUAUGCAGACAUACAACAAAGGCCUCCGGCUGGUAUGAAUCAAACAGGGGCAUUGAGAUGACAUCCAGAUGACCCCGUAGACCCAGAUCUUUUUUAGGGAGUAUUGUACCAUUUACUGUUACCAUUACCAACCACUUCACUGACCAGCAACUGAAAAUUCAACAGUUAAUGUAUAAGACAGUUGAAUGCACAGUCAGGGCUCUAUUUUCGUGCCUUGCCAGCGACGCAGCGAGGCAAUAACAUAAGCUCCUCUCCUCGCCUUUAAAUCCGCCACCGGCGAGGCGUAUUACUAUUUUGUGAAGUAGUCAAAGAGAUCAAGAGAUGUCUGAAGACAGUAAUGCCACACGAUGGCGACAGAAGACAGCUCCUCAACAAGUGUCACUGUAAGCGCUGCAGAGGGCGUCCUUCACACUCUCUCAUAUGAGCACAGAUGGAUUUGGUGUGUGUAAGGUUGGACCCACUGGUAAGACAAACACACUUUUCCACAAACAAAGACACUCACAUAAAGUUGCAUAUAUUUAAACCGAACAUGACGAAGGUGGGUUGUGCGCACAGAUCAUCUGUGCAUAAUGACGCAUCGCGCUCCGUGGCCUGGCUCUUUCUUUCAUAGAUGUUGGCAUAUAAAAUAAAUUUGGCUCACAAAACUGAAUAUUAUAAUAUUCAUGUGUAGGCUUAAAGUAAAUAACUCAUCUGAUAACUGAAACAAAUCUGUUCAGCUGCCGCAGAAGCAGCUGCAGCAGGACGGGGAGAGGACACAGAGACAUGUCCAGGUCGAGCUGCGUGAGAAAUAAGAGGAAGAGGAAGAAAGAAAAGGAGGGAGACGAAUUACAUAUCUUGUUAACUUCAUUAUGUGUGUCUAUUUACUAGUUAUUUAAUUUAAUUUAUUGCGGUUUCAGCUGUGUUGAUUUGGUCAGGUUGUGUGUCCAAACGCGUGCCAAACGCGCUCAUCAGAUCAGAUAUAGAUCAGAAUAUAUCGAUAUAGAUCUAAAUGUAUGUGCUGACUCAGAUACUUAGUUGUUGAUGAUUAUUUAUUGCACUGAAAUGUGCCUGACACUAUGGAAACCUGCCGGUGAGGGCAUCGGUGACAGGGCAGCUGAUCUAGUGGUACUUUGGUCCACCAAAAUACCUCUAGACCAGCUGCGCUCCGCCUGCACUGAAAGCUGACCAGGUGUGAAUUGGCGAGCUUUCAGGGCACUUUACAGGCCGGCGGCGAGCACGAAAAUGUCAUUGCGCCAGCUGAUUCUGUCGACACCUCCCUCUGCUGCGCCACCACGCCCAGCUUGGCGGACCUCGGUGCGCCUCAGUCCACGAAAAUACCAAACUGGCUGUACACCGGGCUCCGCCAGACGAAAAUACCACUGCGCGGGGUCCGCCACCCUCCACUGCGUUCCUGGCAGACACGAAAAUAGAGCCCUCAGAGUCUUGGGGAGCAGCAGACCACAAGUGAAGCUAAAGAGUACAUCUGACAACUCAAUGGCUAGCAGCUGAAGCUAGCAACCAACAGCUCCCAGCUAACAGCUCAGUGUUAUUCCACACUAUGAUGUACAGGCACUUUAACAUUAUGGCUGUGCUCGUUGGGUAUUUUGUCUCUAUCAUAUAAUGUUAUGAGCUUUCAGAAAAGUCCACCUAAGAGGCUCUCUGUUAACAAUGACAGCAUGAAUUUCUAACAUUUCGAUCAGCUUUGCUCUUUUGUUAUGAGUCCCCUCUGCCCUGACACUUCAGAUUAACCAUUCAUUGGUCACCUCUGUAAUGUCUGUUUGCACUCUGAAGUGAGUUUUUAGCUGACUGUCAACCCCUAACUAUCAAUCUUAUUGUUCUGUCCUCUUUAUUCAACCUCUCCAUGAUCCUCCAUCCACCUGCAUCAUCCAACCAACAGAUGUCAGCGGGCUCUUACUGCUACUUGGUGUUUUCAGCCAUCUGUUUCUCUGUGGCCAUCUAUGUCUACUUUUGCAUCCCAGAGACAAAAAACAAGACCUUCAUGGAAAUAAGCCGCUUGUUCUCUAAGAAAGAGGCGGUUCUAGAGUCGGAGGGCCUAAUCCACGUGGACCAGCUGAAACUGAAAAAGAUGAACGGCUACGGAGGCGUGGAAUUCGACAGCUCUUCUUCAGUACCGUAACUGGGCUUCAUCUUCUUAUUGAGACUUCAUAACCAUUUGUUACUUCCUCUUUUUUCUAUUCUAUAUACACAAAAAUCAAAAAACACCUGACCUGGGGCCAGAUGCAUAAAACCCUGGCUCAAAUUCACACCAAGAUUGUGCAACUUAAACUGAUCCCUUGUUAUGCAAAAUGAGCCUCAAAGUCCCAAGUGUUCAGAUUCACAAACACCAGUGCCAAUAGCUGCAGGUAGUUUGAGUAAAAUGACAGUUUUCUUUUAAAAGUGAGUAGGAACUAUUGCACAGCAUUCAGAAGGGUGUCAUGCUCAGGUAUCAUAUGAUCAGGAUCAGUUCUACCUAAACACAGUCUCUUAUUAUUCUUUGGAUAUCUUUAAUCAGAGGUCAGAUUAGUCUGGGGCUUUCUGGGGCUGGGACCUGCCACUUUACAUGCGUGGAGAUGGUCUGGAGCUGUUAGGCAGGACAGUGUUGGUUUAUCUGUGUGUUCGAGAUAGGAACAGAUAUAGAAAGAGAUCUGUGGAGUCUGGCCUUAACAUUUGACUGGAAACAUGAGUUCUGAGGUGGCCCUGAAAGUCAAAACGACAACAAUAUGUCAUAAACUCCAACAUGUCAGAAAGUGCUGACGUUUUAAAAAACAAAAACAUUCCAGCAGAAAAGCAGAAAAGGUGGUAACACAUUUUAUGUGUGUUCUUGGACACAAGCCGCUCCUUCUUUCUUUGUUUCAGAGACUGUACGGGGCUGUCUCUGGAGAAGCCUACAUUUUCUGUGGCAGGUCCUUAAAUGACCACAAGAGCUCAGUGAGGCAGUGUUGGCUUCAAAAUAAGACUAUACUGCUUUUAAAAAACUCCUUCUACCACUUUGGUGUUGUGUCAACUCUGUAUAUUGACAGUUUUUACCUUUUAGGGGCCAUAAUUAGACUUAAUUAUCAAUGUUAUUUUGUUUCAUAACCAGCUGAAAAAACUCCUAACAGGAGAUUAUUUAAAGUUUUUCAGGGUUUUUUACACUGAAACACCAUUUCCUCUCAAAGCUCUCAAUAGUUUUAGAGAGGUCAAUCUGUCAUUUGUAGAUUUUGGCCAGAUUUUUACACCAGCCUACUUUAAGAUGUAAAUGAGCUUUAGGGAAGAAAAUUAGGAAUUGCUCCAGUCUGUUCAUUCUGCUGCUGUGAGGGGGGCUGUUAUAGCUUCAGAGUUCUCAAAACUUUAAACAUUUAGUCUUUGAGUUUGUCUGAAAAUGAAUCGCCAUGAUGCCCUGAGCGAGUGAUGAAGGCUCUAAACAGCAAGUACAGUCUUCAUUUUUCCCAAAAUCUAAACAGUCUUUGUGUUCUGUGAACUGCUAGUCUGUGUUUGGAGGUGUUUUCUAAAAUGUCAGUGAUUUCUGCUCUGGCAUUUAGGGCCAUUACACAGUGUCCUCUCUCUGCCCAUCAUGAAUGUGCAGAGAGGGGACACUCAUAGAAAAGUAUGAAGGUGCAGACUGAUUCCUGGACAGUCAGAUCCAUAACAAGAGCAAAAUGAACUGAGCUUCAAAUUUGUAUGUGCAUAUUUAUGCUGGAAUAUCAUUUGUGCAAUAUCCUUUGUGAAGUGAAUCCAAUGACAGGGCAGAUAUUUAUCAUAUUUGCAUUUCAUGGUGCUUUCAGCUGCCAUCAUGCCUAUCUUUCUGUGUUUACCCUGUGUAGAUCCUAGACUGGGGUGUUUGCAUACACACUCUUUUAGUCAGUCAUGUGUCAGUGUUUCACAUUUCAGGAGAUGAUUUAAAAGUUAUGAACACAGGGAAAUAGUAGCUUGAAUGUAUAUAAAAAGAGUGUUAAAAUUCAGUAAUCACUCAUAGAUAAUUUAUGUGUGCCUGUGCGAUACAUUUUAAGGAAAGCUUGACUUAUAAAAACAAGUGAAAUUUGCAAGCAAAGCAAAUUUAAAACAAUGGGAGACAAUUCAACAGUCAUUUACACAGGGAAAUAAUGGCUUGAGUGUAAAUAAGAACCUUUGAAUUUAUUAAUGUAGUGGAAUUUAUAGACAUCCAUGCUAAUGAUUUAUAAGAGGUGAAAAUAGUUUGGAGAUUUAGUCUUGAAAACAACUGUGAGGUCAGCCUGAGUACCCCUGAUUUACUGAAGUCAUGUUGACCUUUGUGGUGGCCAAGCUAAGUUGAGUGUUCCCAGAAGUACUGGUUCCUGUGAGGAACUUUCUGUUUGUGCCUCCUGUGGACUAAGCGGGCUUUGCUGUUUUUGUCCACAUGUAAGUCGUGUUUCUUGACAAAAAAUCUUUUCCUGCUCUCUUUCAGCCGUCAAACACAUCACUCAUCAAGAUUCUUUGCCGUGGACGGUGAAAAAAGGCUUUAACAGCAGCAUGCAGUUUAUCACUUGGUCUGACCCCCCACCCCCACCCCACUUCAUUUAAUAUUACUGUGUGCACAAAGUCAGUCUUUAUGUUGAUGGUCUUGUUUGCUGUAUUAGGUCAAAAAGAAACCUGAGUAUUUAUUUCAGUCUGUUUCUUAACCAGGUAGAAACUCCUCACAGGAGCUUUGAGUCGCUACUGCUUUCAGUUCAAUCUCCAGAUAAACUUGGUUUAUGAAUUCAUGCAAUGUCAACAUGUUCACAGAUCAUAACCGUUUUGUUGAGAUUGUUUGGUACAAUAUUCGAAUGUAUCUAAAGGUCUAAGGUCCAAUUUUUUAUAACCUGUAGGUUUGUAAAAGCAUUCAAACAGGCUAUCACUUUAUAAAAGCCCUAAGGUUUCACACAACUGUAUCUGUAAUUACAACUUCUUGAUAUAUCUAUAAUAAGUAAUAUAGUGGCAUUGCACUUGCUCUAGUACCUGCCAACCUUUCAGAAAUUGAAAACAUGACUAUAUAAACAAAAAUGGCUCUGAAAAUACCCAACCACUCUAAGCUCUGAAGGCAAGAUUGAAAAAGAAGACUACAAGCCUCUCUGUCUGAACAGUUGAAAUGAUAACAGUGCUGAGGGUCUAUACAUGAUGGCUCCACACUAUCAGUACCUUGGAAACACACACAUGCACAUGCACACACAGAAAAAAGUCGAUAGUUACCAGGAUAAAGACUGUGGUUGGACUCCAAUGAUCAGAGCCUGAUGAUACAGACACAACAGCAUGAAGUCAAUGUGCGUGUGUGCACUCUGCACGUGACAGAAAUUGAACCUUUUCAAUUAUAUUUCUAAUCUUUUGUAUAUUAGAAUGAAAUUAUCUAUGAAGUGAAAUUGGGUUAUUUAUGCAUGUUUGGACAACAUAAUCUUUUAUUUUAAGUAUUAUUGUUAUAACUUGUCGUACUGUCACUUGUAAGUUAAUAAAAUUCCUCACCAGCUUUUAGCACUUAGAGCACCGUCAUUUUAAAGGCGAUAUCACAGCACUCUGUACAUCAUGAGCAUUUCAGUGAGAUAUUUUUAAAUGUUAAGAAAUCCAGAUUCUUUAAAAACAUGAACCUAUGUUUAAGACUUUUUCAAUUGUUGAAUGAUGAAUAAAUGAAACAAUAGCGUGAAA